CAUUGUUUUGUAGCAUAUUGGACCCGUACCUCAUACAGAUGCUUCGGAUAUGACCCUUCUUUCGAGAAUUCGGGACUGGAAGGAUCCUGCACAGUUAUCCCAGCACAUUUCCGCUGAUGAAGCUAAACAGUUCUGGAAAGACCGCCAGGAAGAUGGGAAACUGGACCUGAUGUUUGAGGAAGUGCAGAACAAAGUACAACUCCUGUGGCGUAGGAUAAAAGAUGGGUCAGCAACGGAACAAGAAUAUUUGACAGCAGUGGUUUUUGUCACUUAUGCUGAUUUGGAUGACCCUGAGGCUCCCCAAUGUGAUAUAAAUCCUGAAAAUGAAGAUGACAAAAGUGCUUUACCAAGGACGGAGAAGCCAUGUCUAGACAUCAGCGCUAAAAAUGAAACAGGAGACUCUGAUUCUGGAUGCUGUAACGUGGUGUUACCUCCUCCCGUAAAUACAGUUACAUUUAUCGAACAUGCCUGUGGGAUGUCCUGCAUAUCUGGUGUCAAUCCCUACUUUUCCAAGAAAGAUAACCCCCUCAAGUUACCGCUUUUGUGUCAGUUCCAGAGGAGACAUGCAAAGACAGAUUGCAUUUCAAGGCCGAUAAACGUUAUCUACAAGUCUCCGUGCGGAAAGAGCCUCCGAGACUUUGAGGAGCUGCGUUCUUACCUCUUCCAAACCAAGUGCCGCUUUUUAUUUUUGGACAACUUUUCCUUUAAUACAUAUGUCCAACUGGAAAGAAGACUAUGUUAUGGGGAAGCUUUUGCCCAUGACCCUGAUAUUAGCAAAGAUGCAGAGACUGUGCCUGUGUCAUUCUCCAAUGAAAUCGACAGCACAAGACCGGCUCACUUUAAGUACCGAAAAUCCUCCUGGCCUCGUGGCUACUCCAUCAGUAAUUUCAUUGACACGUUUAUUGAGUGCUGUGACUGCACAGAUGGCUGCUUGGAUAUAACAAAGUGUGCAUGUCUACAGCUGACAGCCAGGGCCAACAAUGAAAAGGUGGACACCAUGGCGGAGCCAGUUACCCACGGCUAUAAACACAAAAGACUCCCGGCUCCUGUCUCCACUGGGUUGUAUGAGUGUAAUGUUGCUUGUAAGUGUGACAGCAAGUUGUGUCAGAACAGAGUAGUGCAACAUGGGAUUCAAGUACGGCUUCAGGUGUUUAAGACCAAGGACAAAGGCUGGGGGGUCCGCUGCUUAGAUGACAUCGACAAAGGAACGUUUGUUUGUACCUUUGCUGGAAGAUUAUUGGUAAGGUCCUUGGACACCAACUCCAACAGCAUACCUGGAGAUGCUGGUACAUCUGACAACAACGUCGAUGAAAGUGAACCAACGGUUUCCUCUUCAGUGCCUGCGAUUAAAAGGAAAAGACGUGUUUCUCAUUCCGACUCGGAGAUCACCCGGACACAUUCUGCUCCGUACAGCUGCCCAAAGCUUGGACGCGUUCCGUUCUUAAGCUCUAGUCAAACAGAAAUUGCUCAAAUAAAGAAUAAAUCAGGUGGAAGACCCUUAGACUUCAUGUCGAUCAAAAGACCCAAGACUAAGACAUCUAUCCUACAGAAGCGGAGGAGGCAGCUCUUGGAACAGGGGUCUUGUACAGUGCAGCACAGUUCUGAAGAUGAAUGCUCAGUCGUGCCAUCUCCUAAACCGAAGAUCGUCUGCACCGGUCGUUCUUCGGAAGAAGAGGCCAAUGACCCGUCACGCGUGGCAGAAUCAACCAAGGAAAAGUCAGAUGAGGCAGAUUUCGGUUUUGUUUCGGAAGAUAGCAACUCCUCUACGUUAUCUGGCGUAAAUCCUUUGGAGCUGUCAGCAUGCCAGGAUCAGGAUGAGAAAAACAAGGCUUCGUUCAUUCCGUCUUUUUCCCCAGAGGCAAACUAUGAAGAAAAUACUUACUUUUUAGAUGCGUCAGAAGAAGGAAAUGUUGGACGUUUUUUAAAUCAUAGCUGUUCUCCGAAUCUGUUUAUUCAGCAUGUAUUUGUAGAAACUCAUCGCAAGGGUUUUCCUUGGGUGGCGUUUUUCACAAAGAGGCAUGUGAAAGCCGGUCAAGAAUUAACGUGGGACUACAACUACAGUACUUGUACCAGUCCUAAAAAAGAGAUCCCAUGCAUGUGUGACCAACAGUCGUGCAAAAAUAUAAUUAUAUAAACUUAUGGACUAUUAAACAAAAAACCUUGAAAAAUCAUUG